CCCCCCCUCUCUCUCUCCGUGGUUUGAUCACACGGUCGGACACGCGAGCAGGACGGAGACUGGCGGCGUCAGCGGCCGGGGCGAGCGGCACAAGGAGCGGGCUUCAUCACGGCAGGAGGCACCGGCGGGGUCAGCUCACCGGACAGAGUGAAAAGAAGAAGAAGAAAGCACCACAGUCCCCACAUAGGAGCAGCAGUGCUGUCCAAGCUUCAUUUAUCUGACAGAAUCCGCCAAAGGAUGCUUUGGAACUGCUCUCGUGGCUUCAAACUCAGACUUCUAAAUCUACGAAGCUAAAAUCAGAAAAUCAAAAGCCGGCCACUGGCCCUUACAAAUCCACCAGUUUUUAAGUAAACACGUCUGGAGAGUAGGAGGUUUGUAUGGGGGCCAAAUCCCUCUCCAAGGCACAAAGCGUCUCCUCAGUUUACAGCCAUCCACUAGUUCCUCCUUCCAGUUCUUCCCGCUCCUCCUUCCUUUCAUUCUCCAUCUUUCUCUCCCAUGGGAGUGACAUAGAGGUUUUCGCUCAGCUUUCUGCCUUGCCCCUUUUCUGCACCGCUGUGGAAACGGGGACGUCCACCAGGUAGGGAUGUCGUGGAAGAGGAACUACUUUGCGUCAGGCGGCGGGGCGGCUGCCGGGGUGCAGGGGUUGGUGACCCCGAGAACUAUGACCUCCAUUGCACCCAGCAAAGGCCUGAGCAACGAGCCGGGACAGAACAGCUGCUUCCUAAACAGCGCUCUGCAGGUUUUGUGGCAUCUCGACAUCUUCCGCAGAAGCUUUCGGCAGCUCACCACUCAUAAGUGCAUGGAGGACUCGUGCAUCUUCUGCGCAUUAAAAAGUAUCUUCGCUCAGUUCCAGUUCAGCAGCGAGCGAGUUCUGCCAUCUGAUGCACUGCGGAGCGCUUUGGCCAAGACGUUCCAGGACGAGCAACGCUUUCAGCUGGGCAUCAUGGACGACGCCGCCGAGUGCUUCGAGAAUCUCCUGAUGCGUAUCCACUUCCACAUCAGCGCGGAGAGCAGGGAGGACAUCUGCACCGCCAAACACUGCAUACCGCACCAGAAGUUCGCCAUGACUCUAUUCGAGCAGUGUGUGUGUAACAGCUGCGGAGCCACGUCGGACCCCCUGCCCUUCAUUCAGAUGGUUCAUUACAUCUCCACCACGUCCCUCUGUAACCAGGCAGUGAGGAUGCUGGAGUGCAAAGAGAAACCCACACCGGAUAUGUUUGGAGAGCUGCUUCGCAACGCCAGCAACAUGGGAGACCUGCGUAACUGUCCUUUGUUCUACCGUGUGACAGACGAGAGGGCUCGCCAGGCGGAGCUCUACUUGGUGGGGAUGGUGUGCUACUAUGGCAAGCACUACUCCACCUUCUUCUUCCAGACUAAGAUACGCAAGUGGAUGUACUUUGAUGACGCUCACGUCAAAGAGAUCGGCCCAAAGUGGAAGGACGUAGUGUCUCGCUGUAUCAAAGGCCACUAUCAGCCCCUGCUGCUGCUCUACGCUGACCCCCGAGGGACGCCAGUGAUACUGCAGGAGAGCCCAAACCCUUGUGCCAGCUCCAACCCGCAGCUGGAGCUCCAGCACUGCAGCAGCAAAGCUGGUUACGACAGCGAAGACUCGGGUCGAGAGCCAUCCAUCUCCAGCGACACUCGCACCGAUUCUUCAACGGACAGCUCCAGUCAUCGCACGUCUCGCAGCCGACCCCUGCACCAGUCCACGGGCAGCCGCCUCUCCAGUGAAUCCCAGACCACUGUGGUCUGCAACUACGACAUCGGCCCACCGCCGCUUGGUGCUGAGGCUGGAGAGUCGGCGGUGGAGGGUGAUCCUCGCCACCCCUCUCCCCCGCUGCAGGAGUACAAGGAGACGGCCGUCUUCCUCCUCUCUUCGCGCCGGCCCCUCACCUCCUCCUCCUCCUCCUCUCGACCGCUGUCCUCCUCGUCCUCGUCGGGGGUCGGGGGCUGCGAGGGAGGGGCGGGGGGCCCCCAUUGGGAGGAUGAGAGCACGAGCAGCGAGAGCAAGUCCAGUUCUUCUGGAGGCCAUUACCGGCCAACCUGGAGGCCCAGGAGAGAGGCCCUGAACAUYGACAGCAUCUUUACCCGACAAAGAGACUCAUCUCUGGGCUACAACUCUGUAUUGGACCCCACUCUCCCUCCAGCUCCUCAGGAGCCUCCCCCCUUGGUGGGAUCACAGCCAGGGCUGGAGGACAAGAGGGAAGUCGGGGAGGUGGGAUUCGGGCUGGUCGGACAGCCCCAGUCUUUGGGCGGUGGACGGACGAUGGGUCCCCCUGCUCCACCGCCUCUGAGAGGGGUGGAGCACCAGCCACGUCUGAUCCAGAGGAUGGAGAGUGGCUACGAAAGCAGCGAGAGGAACAGCAGCAGUCCUGACAGGGAAGUGGGGCAACAAAAACGGGCGCUGAUGUCAGGACCUUCGUGGCGUUCGGUGCCCAAGUCAAAAAGCAGCGGGGCCAUCAUGCAGGAGCUGCCGGCGCCCAGCUGGGUCGGCGGCACAAAUACAGGCUCAGGGCGCAGUGAGCUGGAUGAGCUGCAGGAGGAGGUGGUGAGGAGAGCUCGCCAGCAGGAGCAGCAGAAGAGGAAGGAGGCUGAACAGGAGGCAGCCAAGGGAUUUAACCCCAGACCCAGCAAAUUCAUGGACCUGGACCAGCUCCAGCACCAGGCUGUGCUCAGACCCCUGCAUGAGGCUAACGCGCAUAGCGGAUUGGCUGUAGCUGCGUGCAUGAGGAGCACUGGGGGCCCAAUCAAACGCAGGCAGGAACAGGAAACGGAACCGGACAUGGGAAACGUCCACCCUCAGGGGCCUCGCAGUGAACAGCCUGGCUCGGUCCAAGUACUGCUGACGCCCAAUCAGGAGGAGGAAGAGGACCAGGCAAUGCCCAGCCAGGAAGCCGCUCAGGGCCAGGACCCGCCCCCUCCACCCUACCGGCCUCGGCCUACGCUCACCCUCAGCAUCGCUCACCCCUACGGCCCGUCCAGUCACGGGGAGGAGGAAGGCGAGGACGGGAGGGAGGCGACGGGGGUGAGGCUGUGCGAGCUGCUGCAGGCUGGAGGGGUGAGCGUCAGACCCCUGGGGAAGCACUUAGCCAUCUCCCUACCUUCGCUUCCCCUGCGUCUCUGGGACACGCACGUCACACAUACCUCCCUCUCUGCACACCUCAGAAACACACGCUCCCCACCUCCCCCGUCACCUCCUCUGGAAACUUUGGGGCAAAGGAAACCCCUCGCGCCACUCUGGCAGCCCCCGCAGCCCCAUUCCCCCGACGACAGGGCUCAUCACCGACAGCAGUGCGGAGCCGCGGCUGACGGCAGCACGCGUCACUGGUCCUCCUGGAGCUUGGACCGCCCAGACGCCGUGGUGUCGCCAUACGACACGCCGCCCGACCGCUGCGUCCCCAUCAGGCCGCAGACGCCCAGCCAGAACUACAGCUACAGCUGCCAGUCCUCUCCAGGGCACUACAGCUCCCAGCAUGCACUGGGGCGGCAGGGUAAUCCCUGCUGUGACCGAGAAGAGGCUGAGCUGUCUGAGCUGGACUCCCUUUACCAGGCCAGUCUGCAGGCUGGAAGGACAGGCUGCAGCCCAUCUGAGAGACUGAUAUCCCGGAUGGGGGGGCAGGUGCGAUCCAAGACCCCCAGCGCAGACAUGGAGAGGAGUGUGUACGGGGCGGACGGCACCGAUCCCUCCACCUACCUCAACAAGCCAGUGAUGCUGCGGGAUCCGCGUCUGGGGGCGGGGCCUGAUGAUGGGGAGAACCAGAGGCGAAUCGGACGCAGCCUGAGCGGCACGAUGGUGACCUCGCGCCGCAGCCGCCUGACUGCAACCCGCAGCUUUGAUCUGUCGGGCAGUGCAGGCAGUUUCUGGCUGUGUCUGACGGGGGUCAAACUGCCCUCGGACCAGAGUCCUGCUCUGUUUCACUGAUGUCUCAUCCUGUCCACCUUUCCCACGGAGCAGCAGCGCUGUGGUCCAAGACGGCGCCAMCUUGACAACCUGCAAUUGGCUCAGACAGGUCGAUCAUAUCGACACCUGUCCUGUUUAUCAAUCUUCUUCAAAGGACUUACACACACGCACGCACACACACACACACACACGCACACACAUAUCUGCACUGAUGACGAGCCUCCCUCAGCACCUGAAGCACCCCGCUUAGCCUCUCCUUGCCUUUUUGCCCCCUUUGACCUUUGAUUCUGUCUAUGCAGUCACUCUGACCCCUUAACUACAACCUCAACCUACCCCUCCUUUACUCCCUCGAACUGUUUCCUGUCUCCCUCUGGGUUCUGUGUAGUCGGCCUGGUCCAGCUGGGACCAGAGCUCCACCCAGCAGGACCCUCAGCUCAAUGGGAGACUCUUAACCAAGUAGCCACGCCUCUUCCUCUUUCUUCAUGGGCAUUUCCUGUUUGACGCACAUGUAGCUGAACUGAACCUGUUUCAGAUGGACAGCCAUAUUUUCUUCUUAUCUUCUUAUGUUUUUUUUUUGGCUUUUGUUGUUUUGGUUCCUCCUGCGUGUGGGCGCACAGUUAAUCCACGAGACUGAACUCUACUGACUAAAAGUCGUGUACAGAAAAAAAAUACUCAUGUAUGAAACCUGUAUGUUCAUUAAUAAGACCUUAUGGAAUGUUGAUAAUUAACAAAUAUUGAUAAAAAGUGGUACUUCCUCAUGUCUGCAUUUCAAGUAGGAGUGGAGUGCACUUCACAAGUGUCUAGCUGGAGUUUCUGCCCCCCCUAAACCGGACCUAAUGACAGCUCUCCCGUUUCUACUGGGAGAUUUAACAAGAAAAGCGCUUCCCUUUUCAUUUUGUUUCUUUUUCUCUGCACCUUCACCUCUGUCUUUUCUUUCAUUUAACCUAAUUGCGGUAUUUAAUUCUUGCUUGCUCUCUUUGUUCUGAACGGGAAAUCUGCGGUAGCGCAAACAGGCCAGCAGGCGAGGAGUGUGGAGAGGGAGAAUGUAGAGGAGGGAAACUCGCCUCUUAGGCUUUUAUCAGUCGAAGCAGACGAACUCAAGUGCACUUUGCAGGAAGAAGUGCACUUUCCGGAAGGUUCCUUUUUUCUUUUUUUUCUUGACCAAGAAGCAGGUGAAGAGAGGUUGGCGGUGUUUAUUUUACUUCGACGCCUCAGGUGAACUUCAUUGGCACCUAUAAAGUCACUCUUUCUUAUUCCUUCUCUCCCACUGAAGCAGGUUUUGAGACCCAGACGGGAACAAAAACGGCACACAUUCAGCCUGAUCCAAUACCAUGUCUGAUAUAAAUAUGCUUUAUAUGAUGAAUAUGUAUUAGAGGUAUAUUUUCAGCCAAUCAUCUAUCUUGAGAGAUGUCAACCAUUCCUCGGUGGUAUGAACAUUCAUGAGCCCUCACAAACGAGUAGCAUUCUGACACGUGUACGGUACAUUUAUUAUAUGCUUUAUUCUAUAUAAAUGAACAAAAACCUUAUGAAGCAAAUGGCCAAUGUAAAGUUUUGCAAGAAUGUUGAUUGAUCCUUGUAACUAAACCAAAGGUUGGCACUUAACUUGUUAUUUUUAUUGUUCACUUAGGUUCAUUACUUGUUGAUCUUUUUGUUUUGUUUUGUUUUAGUUGUGGAUGUGGGAGAAUGUAGCCAAUUGUAGCGCAUGAGUCCGCUAUGCAAAUUCCCUCACAGUAUCAGAGACAGUCAGGAGGCAGACACACCCACCCACUGGGGCAGGGGGGCUCCCAUGUACGAGGAUGAGGAGGAGAUCUCAUGUUUAUUGCUGCUGAUGUUGUUCUGUACGUUUCGGCUGAUAGAAUGUGAGGAUGGAGCAACGAGGAGGAGGAGGUGACGAAAGUAGAAAUGGAACAACUGAAUGUAAACUCGAUCAGUGUGUGUUUGUGAUUGACAGUCGAAGGCGGAGAAAUGUGGGGAAAAAACUACWGAAGAUGGCCUUUUUUUGUGGGUGUGUGUAGACUGAGUGUGUGUCAGUUUCGGGGAUCGUGUUGCUCGGGGAAAGAGGGAACCUGUAUUUUUGCAAUAAAGUUAUUACCAAUGCACUCCCGCAGGGGGCGUAACCACCAUGA